CAGCGACGACAAACUUCGUGCGAUUGGUGAAAUCGUUCAAAUGCUACACAACGCCAGCUUGCUGUGAGUUUCGGUUUUUUUUUAAUUUUGUUUAAUCCGCAACACAAUUAUUUUUAAUUCAACAGGUCACUGAUACAUGUGGGCAUGUCGAGGGGACAAAAAGGGGCAUUAAUUAAUUAUGUUUCGUUCGUACUGGCUACAUAUUAUGCGACUCAAGCGUAUGUGUACUUAUGAAAAUGAAAAAAAAAGGUAGAUUUACGUCUUUUAUUUUUUUUCGGUUGUCUUAUGGCCAAGUAUCUUUGAUGCAGAUCCGAUAUGUAAAAACACUUGUUCACGUACUUUUUUACUUAAGUACCUAACAUAAAUUCUACUUUACCAGUUAAGUUUGGCGUAUUUUCUUAGAUAAACACGAGCUGUAAUAUAAAUAAUAACAAAACUGAAAAUGUUCUAUAAAGGAAAACCGGUUAUAAAUUCAAUCGCGUUGAUAAGUAAAAACGUUUUUAAAUUUUCCAUUUAAAUAAAUACACAAAUAAAUUAAAUUAGAUUUUAACAAGAGACAUCAAUUAUCAAAGUAUUCUUUUUAUUCCUUUAUCAUAGGCCCGUAAAAGCAUCUUUUUAUUAUUAUAACGUUACCAUCACACUAACACAAAAUACCUUAUUGUGGCUUAUAUGUAAGAAAUAGGCAUAUGGUAUCGUGGACUUUUUUUAGACAGCAUAAUGAUAUAUAUUUUUGGAGAACAUUGUAUUUACGUAUCUCUAACCAUUACGCCAGCGCACGCGAUUAAUUCAUUUCGGGAGCGCUUUUUCUUCUGACUUUCUUAACAAAAUUCAAUUUUUAAGGCUAGCUGAGAGGUGUAACCUAAUGCUAGAUAUAGAUAGCCUAUACUAUUCCUCAUGAAUCUGACUAUAAUAUGCAAAAAUAAUUUUUCAAAUCGAACUGGAAAUUACAGAGAUUAGCGUGUUUAAACAGACAAAAAAAAUCUUCCGCUUUAUUAUAUUAGUAUACUAGCUGUUCCCCGCGACUUCGCUCGCGUUAGGGUUUUUAUGUUUUUGCGCGGAACCCUAAUUAUUUUUCUAAAAUAAAAGUAUCCUAAGUUACUCCUUAUGAAAUCAGCUAUUUGCCAGUGAAAGUCCCGUCAAAAUCGGUCUAGCCGUUUCGGAGAUUAGCCGGAACAAACAGACAGACAAAAAUUUUAAAAUUAGUAUUUUAGUUAUAAGUACCGUAUUUACUUUCAUAUGCAUUUAAUAAAAAACUGUAAUUGUGACAUUACAAACAUACACAUCAAUUUUAUUUAUUUGUAUAGAUAAUUAUGUAAAUUUUGUCACGUAUAGUUAGUUAUAUGUCACGAGUAGUAAUUUUUAUAUGUAAAGAUAAGGGGAGAUUGUAAUAAAUAAAAAGAGCGUUAGAUGUUUCCGGGUAAGAAACUACUUUACUUUAUUAAACAACUAACGAUCUGCCCCGGCUUCGCAUGAGUGAUUUCUGGAUCUUGACAACAGUGCCACCGGGUCCAAACGUAAAUCUUAACUAUAUAGGGUGGGUCCCUUUCACAUAGUUUUAUUCAGUGUGUAGUAUUUGCAUAAAUAUAAGAAAUCACACGACACCUCUCCAACUUAACCUAAACGUUAAGUUGGAGAGGUGUCGUCUAAUGAAGUCAACGCUCCGUCCCCCUCGUACUCCAAUCCAAAGUCCCGAAACCGAUUUUGAGUGAGAUUGAGAGGUUCUAUGGGCAGCGGUACAGCUCCGUCAUCGUUGGAGCCACACGCAAGUGUGAGUAACGAUCCAAGCGCAAGUCUUAUCCCACACUAUUCCGAUGAUAUCCCGGACGUCAGUCUGAGCGAGAUUAGAAUGGCUCUCCAACACCUUAAAAACGGCAAGUUCCCGGGCGAGGAUGGAAUUACAGCGGAGCUUCUGAAAGCGAGUGGAAAGCCGGUACUUAAAUUCCUUCAGAAGCUCUUUAAUUCCGUCCUUCAUGGAGGCACUAUUUCGGAGGCGUGGAAAAGAAUUGUGGUGGUCUUGUUCUUCAAGAAAAGCGAUAACGUUCUCUUGAAGAACUACAGACCGAUUUCCCUUCUAAUAAACCGCGUUUGCGUGCUGUUUUCGAGAGUCAUUACGAAUCGUGAUACAGAAGGAAAUGAAGAGCCUUUACAAUAAAAUGAGUAAAAGUAUACUAGACACAUUGAAUAAGCAACUAAAGGAUGUAAGUGAAGAAUUAUCAAAAGUAAAGGAAUCUAUAGAGUUUAUGAAUGCUGAAUUUGAAGAGUGUAAAAUGGAAAGUAUAGCUAUGAAAAAGAGUUAUAAAGAGCUUCAGGAUGAAAAUUGCAAAGUAAAAUCUGCUGUUCAAGAACUAACGAUACGUGUCAACCAACUGGAGCAAAGCGCACGAUCAUCAAAUGCAGAAAUCCAAUGUGUUCCAGAAAGGAAGACGGAAAAUGUCUUAAAUAUUGUUAAGGAUAUAUGUAAGGUCAUUAACUGCAACAUAAGUGAUGAUAAAAUUGUAAACUGUACACGCAUUGCAAAAAUAAAUCGGAGCAGCCCCCGUCCACGUUCAAUUAUUGUUCAGUUUACAACACCUUUCAUACGCGAUCAGUUCUUGGCUUCAGCGAUUAAGUUUAAUAAAAUAGAUGUCUCCAACAAGCUGAAUUCAACUCAUCUCGGUAUUCCCGGAAAUAAGAUUCCUAUUUAUAUAUUGGAGCAUUUGUCUCCAGCUAACAAAGCUUUGCAUGCAGCCGCCAGGAUAAAAGCGAAAGAAUAUAACUUUAAAUACGUUUGGGUGAGGAAUGGACGAAUUUACAUGAGAAAGGAUGACAAUUCCAAGUAUCACCUCAUCAAAAACAUGAGUCUCCUGGAAAAAUUAGUAUAAUCUUCUUAGUUAUAUAUAGAUCUAAGGAUAAUGUAUGUUGAAUAUUUUUUAAUUUAAAAUACAAUAAUUUACAGUUAAGUAUUUACUACCAGAAUGUGCGUGGUUUGCGAACAAAAACUCUAAAUUUUUACCGUAAAUUGUGCUAUUUCGAUUACGAUAUCAUCAUAUUGACUGAAACGUGGUUGAAUGAUACGAUUAUUAGUAAUGAGCUAUUUGGUAACAGAUAUGUAGUUUAUAGAAGGGACAGGGAAACUACCGGUUUUCAUUCAAAUAAGGAUGGUGGAGGAGUAUUGAUAGCUAUAUCUAGUAGAAUCAAGUCAAAAAGAAUGAUUAUGUGGGAAAGUAAAUGUGAAGAUCUUUAGGUUACUCUAGAUUUGACAGACGGAAAGAACUAUUUUCCAAUUGCCCUUUGUGCUGUCUAUAUUCCCCCACCAAUUCAGUCUAGAGUAUUGGAAUGUUUUCUUAGUAACUGUAAUUCUUUGUUUGAUAAAUUGAAACAAAGGACUUGCAUAGUUGGUGAUUUUAACUUACCUGACGUUAAUUGGAAACUCGUCAAUGACUUGAAUAGCAAUUAUACUGCUCCCUUUAAGGCUCGAAGUCUUAUAGAUUUCUGUUAUAUUAAUAAAUUACGACAGUACAAUUUCGUCGAAAAUAAAAUGAGGAGAAUUCUCGAUUUAGUUCUAAUAAAUAGUUUACAUUGCACUGUUAAUGAGGCAAACGAUAUAUUGACCAUCAUACGAGGGUGGAUUGAAAAGUACUCGGCCUAACACAGAUCCAUUCAAUUCUAAAAAUCAAAUCUAUCCACAUUAUUUAGUUCAGUUCAGACUAGUUCAUUGUGUGAAGUUCGAAACGUGUGCGAUAAUUAGUUGUGAUUUUAUAAAUUUAUUAAUAAAGUAAUCGGACAUAAUUUCCGCGAAUGGAGCAAAUCGAGCAGCGUGCCGUCAUUAAGUACCUCCAUAAGAAGGGGCUAUCAUCAAAAGCCAUCCAUGAUGACAUGGUCAGUACAUUAGGCGAUUGUGCUCUGUCAUAUUCAUCCGUC